CAACCGAGCUGGGAGUUUUACUGUUCACGUAAAAACAACAACUCCUAUGGCAAAAAGAAGAACCGAGGACAGGAGAGGAAGUCGGAUUGUUACGUCAGCAUCGAACGACACCUAAUGUGAGAUAAUACUGAACGAGUGUCUCUGAAAAACACAACAAAAAAUGUCCCAGGGAUGUAGAGCAGUUUCAGCGGACGAGAUCCAGUCCUGGUGGGAAGUCCCCGCUAUAGCGCACUUCUGCUCACUUUUCAGGACGGCGUUUAACUUACCGGACUUUGAAAUAGAGGAGCUGGAAGAAGCACUGCUUAAACAGGACCGAGACUUCCUCUCCGAGCUGGUCUGCUGUCUUCUGCAGGGAUGCUACCAGCGAAGCGACAUUACGCCUCAGGCUUUCCGCGGAUAUCUGGAGGACAUCAUUAACUACCGCUGGGAGUUGGAGGAGGGAAAACCAAACCCCCUGAAGGAGAGCUGUUUUGAAGAGCUCCCCGUCCGCACACAGACGGAGAUCCUGCACAGGCUGUGCGACUACCGUCUAGACGCCGCCGACGUCUUCGACCUGCUGAAGGGUCUGGAGGCAGACAGCUUGCGUGUCGAGCCUUUGGGUCAGGAUGGACACGGUGCAUGUUACUGGUACUUCUACGGCACUCGCCUGUAUAAAGAGGAACCUAUCAGAAAGAAGACCCUUGAGCUCAGUGAAAUCCCCGAAAUGAGAGCGCCUGAGAAAAAAAGGAGGGGAAGACCACCGAAAAAGAAGCACGAAGAUUCCUCACCUGUCGAGAUCGAAUCUUUUAAAGAUGAAGAGAACGGAGAGGAGGAGCCAGAGCCACACCUGGGUAAAGGGCGUGGGCGUGAGCGUGGAACCUGGUCCCUGGUGUGUGAAAAUGAAGAGCAGUGGACCAGACUCGCUGAGAGCAUUAAGGACAAAACCUCUCCUCAGGACCGGCACCUGUUCCGCAUCAUUACCCAGAACUUCCUGCCAGAGAUCAGCAGCAUGAUCGAGCACAAGGAGAAAGAGCAGCUGCAGAAACUGUUGAAUCCUCCCGUACGGAAUUCUCUGAGGCUUUCCGACAAGCAGGUCGUAAAUAAAGAGGAGGUGGUGUCUGAGGUGAAUCUGAAACAGAGAGAGGAGGACAUGGAAAGGCAGGCUUUGCUCGCCGAGCAGCGGCGAGAGGAAGAACGACUCCUCCAAGAAGAGCGAGAGAGAGAGGAGCUGGAGCGGGUGAAAGCAGCUGAAGAGCGAUCCCGGAGAAGAAAACAGCGUGAGGAGAGGGCGUGGCUCCUGUCCCAGGGGAAGGACUUGCCGGCUGAGCUGCUCCACCUGGAACCUCAUUCGCCCGUCCGUCGCACCCGCCGCACCAACGAGAUCUAUGACAUCGAUGACGACUAUGCCGCUCUCUAUAAAGUGCUGGAAUCUCUGAAGGCUCACAAAGAUGCUUGGCCCUUCUUGGAGCCUGUGGAUGAAUCCUACGCCCCUAAUUAUCACGAGAUUAUUCAGACUCCGAUGGAUCUCUCCACCAUCGAGAGAAAGCUAAAUGACGGAGAAUAUGUCGCCAAGGAUGACUUCAUAGCCGACGUGAAGCUCAUGUUUGAGAACUGCCUGGAGUACAAUGGAGAGGAAAGCGAAUACACGAUAAUGGCCGAGUCCCUGGAGCGCUGUUUCAGCAGAGCGCUGCAGAAACACUUCCCCUCCGAGGACGGAGACACCGACGAGGAGUUUCAUCUAAACAAGGACGACCGCGAGCGCAAGGACAAGAAAAAGACCAAGAACAGUAGUCGGCAGUCAGGGCCCGAGAGCCUGAUCAGGGCCACGGAGCAAGCGCAGAAACGCAAAACGCCCCAGGAGAACGGCUCCAAAUCUGCCCAUGGACCACCUGGUUUUCAGUUCGGCAACAUGCCCACACAUCCACACAACAUGGCACAUCCUCGCUCUGGGAACGAGCCACUGCACGGCAUGUACCACCCGUCACAACAGCUCCAGCGACACCCAGGACCACCUGGACCCAGAAUGUACGGACAAGGUAUGAUGAUGGACCCCCGGUAUCCAUACCAAGGACAGCGGCCUGUCAUGGGCAGGGGUCCAGGCGAGCAUGGGCCGCAACACAUGCCUCGUUACCCUAUGCAGGGUCCACCUACCAAUGGUCCGCAAUUUGGUCCAAGAUACCCAAUGGGGGGAGAUUCUCGUCACCUUCAGCCUCAACACCAGCAGCAUUCUUAUGUUGGCCCCACUCAUGGCCCAUCACUGGGUCCAAGACCAGUCGCCCUACAGUCUGGAGGACUGUGUACCACUCCGUCUGAUGGCGACAUGUAUCGACCUCACCAUUACCCUGACAGGCAACCCAUGCAUCCCAUGGGAAAUGGCUACCCCAGACCCCUGCACAACUCUUUUACUCCAUAUGGCCCUCCACCCAGUACUUAUGGUCCAUGGCCAGGCUCAAACCAGCAGCAGCCUGGACGACCGAUGAUGCAGGAGCAGGCUAUGGGUGGUCAGCACCCUUACAGUCAUGGUAUGAUGCGACCUCCUCACAAUGCUGGAUAUCCCCAUUCUGAUGGUCAAUACAGGAUGUCGUCAGUUAGCUCCCAGGGACCCAUGGCCCACAGGCCUCCCAUGACCCCUCAAGAGCCGAGGCCACAUGUGGGAUCAAUGAUGGACAGCCCGGAAAUGAUUGCCCUGCAGCAGCUGUCGGCAUCAUCCUCUCGUCUCAGCGUCGGAGGUUACCAGCCGCCUCUAGGGAAGACUGCAAAUACCACUGUGGCUCCUGAAAGCCAGAACUCAAGUUCUGUGGGAGAUGACCAAGGUGCUGGGGUUAAAAAAGGUUUAGAGAUGGAACUGGCAAAUAAACAACAGACUGAAAAGUCCAAUUGCUCACCUUGUCCUGGUCCGCCAACGGGCCCUGAACGGGCCAGUGAUACACAGCAGACCCCUAGUGCCACAGCGUGGGGUGGGUCACCACAAGAGACAACAUCAGAGUAUGCACCGACUUUAUUCCCCCCAAAUAAAGAUGGACCACAGCUGGAAGUAAAAAACGCUGAAGAAAGCAAUCUACACAUAUCCCAAAACAGUCCUGUUGCUCGAAAGGAACCCCAGUCUGAAACCCAGGCACAAAAACAUCUGGAUUCCCCUAAACAUCCUUCUUAUAAUGGCAAUGUAAAGAUCACUCAUAAAAUCUCAGAUGUAUCUGAACAAAUGUCUUCUAACAUUCCUCCAGAGGUCUCUCCAAAUGGUCCCCAAAAUAUGCUUCAACGAGUGUUACAGAGUCCUCCUCAGCAGGCACUUCCACUUCUACCUCCGCAGUAUCCUCACAAUGGGCCACCACACAUGUCUUCCAAUGCUCCUCACCAGCAGAUGACCCAAAACGGAUCCAUCCGAGGACAACAACCAGGGCCUGUCCAUGGCAUGCCCCAGUCUGUUCCUCAGGGGUCACAACCAGGUGCUCAACACCCUGCCACAUUUACCUCACUGCCCCCAAGCCACCCUGUUUCCCAACCACUUGCUCAGCCCUCCCCUGCUGAACGUGGUGACCAGAGACCCAGUGAGCCUACCCGUGAGCCUGGUUGUACCGAUCCCGAUUUGAAGAAUGCCCCUACCAAAGCCAAUGGUCACUAUAAGCAGCAGCCUUUUAGUCCAGAGUCACAAACUCAUUUGAACAGGCCAGAACAGGCACCACCACACAGUCAGACACCACCAAAUCACCCUCAUGGUGCAGAAAGUAACAGUAUGCCUCAGUAUGGCAUCGUCAAUCCACAUUACAGCAAAUACAUGGGCAGACCAGUGAGUGCAUCUGCUCAUCUGCCCUACCCAAGCCAAGCACCACAGUCUCAGUCUAUGAGCCCUCAUCAGAAUCCCGCCCAUUACUCUCCAUAUCAGCACGGUGGCAUGCAUCAGUACCACAUGGGCACACAGCAUCCUCAGGCUCAUUCCAGCAUGCAUGCCUCAUACCAGCAGCAACAGCAAUACUAUCCCCAGCACCAGCAAAACAACAGGCCUGGUUUCCCAGCAAGAGAAUGGCCAGGACCUCAGUACCAGCCUCAUCCCCCUAUGAUGCCCAACAGUUACCUGCCUCCUGCAGGUGCUGGCAUCAGUAGCAGACAGAAGGAGAACACCAUGUCUCCUCUUGGUUCAGAUGGUUCUGGUGGGAAUGUUAUGUCUCCGAAUCUUUUCUCUGAUGCAUCCCAGGGCAGCUCCACUGAGAAUCGAGAGGGUGCCACCCCAGCAAAACAGGCACGAACUGAGGACAACUCGGAUCUUCCUGAAAGUCCAAAAGAGAUACUGGAUCUAGACAGUCACAAUGCUGCAGCCCAUCGCCGCAUCUCUGCACAGCCUCAACACAAUUACCCCUACGAUCCACGAGCCAUGCAUCCCAGCAUGCAGCAGGGCGGAGCUCCCCAAACUCAUGGUGUGCCAAGUGGACCGUACUCCAGACCUCAGCACCCGAGUGGACAUUUUGGUCCUCACAAUUCUCACCCGCACUUGAUGGAGGCACUGCAGCGGCCCCAGCAACUGCCCUACGCCCCGGGACAGACUAUAUAUAGGCACCCACAUACUGCAGGUCACUUUCAAGGCAUGAUGUUGCCUCAGAGGAGCAUGGUACCUGAACACUUAUUUCAUCCACGGCAGCACAUGAUGAGUGCAGCAGCUCCCAGUGGUCCUAGCAGUAAGCAGGAAGUGUGAAAGGUAAAGGACAAAUCAGAUGGAGAAGGCCGAGCAGAGACCUGCACCAUUUCCUCUACUGAAAAAUUUGUUUUCCAAUGCUGGCCAACAGAUGUGUUUCAGCAUAGACGGGCUAUAGUGUGUGGCCUUCCACUCUGUUUGGCCUGGUCAGGACUGCAGCUUGCCCUCUUUGUAUUUAUAUAAAUUUAUGCUCCCUAAGAACGUCUGAGAGCUUCUGCACUUUGCUGGCGAGUACCGCCCAUGUGACCCGACAGGAAGUACAACUCACUCUGCAUGCACAGCCGAAAGGAAAGACAUCAGCAGGGUUGUGGAUUAACUCUGGAGUUCUUUAAAAAGUAAAAACUCAGGUGUUUUAUUAAAAAAAAAAAAAAGAGGUACUCCACACGGACACACUGGAAACGGUUGCCUUUUGCAUCAGCAUGCAUUGAAUGUUUGAAUGAAUGAAUGCUAAUUAUAGAUCACAUGUUGAGCAUGGUGAGCGGAUCAGCUGACCUUCCUCUCCAUGUUGAACUCAGUCAGACUUUUCACUUAGUCCUGCAAUAUGUUGCCUCGCGUUCACACUAGCAAGGAAACGGUCCAUCGAUGAUCAGCUUGUUUCGUUUCUACAUACGUGACAUGAAGCCAUUAUUUCUUGUUAAUGAUGGUACAGAUUUAUUUUUUUUAUAUAUAUAUAUACACAUCCUUAAAUCGUAACAUGACUCAAUUGAUUUCUUACAGCAGUCAUGCUUUCACAUUCUUCUACAUUUCCAAACUUUAGUAUGCAAACUCAAGUGUGAAAUUUGUUUGAUGCACAAAAAAAUCCAGUUUAACCAUUUUCUUCAUACGUAUAUUUCAACGUAUACAAAGACAUCACAAACAAAAGACAGAAGUCAUUUUGGUUUUAGAGAUCGUUGGUUUCACCUCGUGAGCAGAUAUCGCUAGUACAUCCAAUCAAACUCUGAAUACAAGCAGAAGAAGAAAAAAAACAUGCCUGCUAGUGUGAACGUACGGUGGCUUUAACACUGCCUUGGUUCGUAGAAUGUGUUUGGACUCGGAGCGCUCGGUCGCUUUUAUGCACUAGAGAUAGUCUUUAUUACUGGAUUUAGUGGCCUUGGAUUAGGUGUGUGUUUGUGUGUGUUUGUGUGUAUUACCUGAGAUGAGAUGAAAUUUUCCCCAUGCAUGCAAGUUUGUGUGUAAAUAUAGCCACACGUUGAAACAGAAGGAGACGUUUAAUCUGUUCAAGGCUUUCACUUCACAAUCGACCUUUUCCUAACGUGUGCGUCGUUGCGAUUCGUCUUCUCUCCGAUUCUCAUUUGUUUAGCUGCUCGUUUCGGUCCUACUUUACAAACGUGAAACCGAACCCACGUGAAAACGAUCCUCGAAUCGUUCUAUUCGGGGGAAAAAAACGGUUUAAUCUUUCUGUGCUUCCUCUUUCACACUAUUCGUCCUCAGGGUGUCGUGCUUUUAAUUACGGGUAAACGCGAGUUAAUGUUUCGAAGGGGAAGUGACUAACCAGGAGUGCGAGUGGAACUGUGACGAUUACUCGACCUCAGUUGAUGUGAAGAUAUUGAUUUCUUUUUUUCUUUCUUUUUUUUAAGGUGAUUUAAAUGAAUUUGACUUUAUUAAAUGUUUUUUUUUUGUGCGUGUGGGUAGGAAACAAAAGCUGUGAUAAAUGUUUUUUUUUAUUUUUUUCCAAAAGGAUAAGUUGGCAUUGUGUGGAUUCUGUGUGUAUGACAAUGACGUGUGUUUUAAAUACUCAAUCCUACUUUUUAUUCGUUUAGCUGUAGCGUUUAAAAUGAGCCAGACCCAUGCCGAUAUUCACACGACUAUCUACCUCAUUAAGCUGGAGUCUGGCGAGCCACACACUGACACACACACACACGCGCUAUUUCUCAUGAUUGCAUUAUCAACACCACGCAUGUACACAAUAUAUUCCCACUAUUCCAUUUAUACACCGAAACAUUUCCUCUUUUCACUGCUAAACCUGGGACCAAAUCAGCCUUAACUUUUUCUAACCAGACAAAACGUAAGGGUGUUUAAGAGCCCAUCUGCGCACACUGAGCACUGUGACAGUUUCUUCAUCAGAGGUUUCGCUUGUACAAAGGGCUUCCACUAGCUAAAGUCAGCUGUAAUGUCGUCCAUGUUUACCUGCAAACUUUUUGAGCCCUCUUUUUGGCAUGAAGACUGUCUGCUAGUCAUAAUUUCUUCAUAACUAUUAUCAAUAGGCACACGUGAAUGAAAUAAAUAGGAGCAGAAAAAAAAGAUUUUUUUAAAAAUCAAAAAUAGAUAGAGCUUAUUUUAGCAGUAGAUGACGUCCUGUUUGACGUCUGCUCUCUGUUCUCCGAUAGUAGAACAAGAUGAGUUUUUUACGAGAUCCUGUAAAGAUGUGAUUUAUUUUUUAUUUUUCUCUCUGUACAGUUUUUAAACUUGUGAGUUAGGGACUGUUCCAAUCCUACUGAUUCCUCAGCAUCUCUGCUGUCUGUGUUUCUGUCUACACUAGUGAAGUGACUAGAUUUGAUUAAAUAUAAAUCAUAUUUAUUUGCUAUUUUACAUUUUGUAAAUUGUUUUUUUUCUGCCUUGUUUUUAUAUUUUAAAUGUCUUCUCUUUUUUCUUUGACUCUUUUUUUUUUUUUUAACAGUUGUCGAUACCUCAGUAGCACAAAGGCAUCAGAACAACUUUUCUGUGUUUUGUUUCAAUGCGACGUUUACAGGUUCUUAUUAUUUUAUUUUUUUGGAAAUGGACCGGUGUUUUCUAUACUCUGUACAUUUCUUAGAAUAAAAACAAAAAAUUUA